UCAGAUUUGAUCAGAUACCGGUGCUUUCGUUUUCCGUUUUAAAAAAAAGAAGAAAAUAAUACCGUGAAUCACGAAAUUGAAUAUCUUUGGGGAUAUAGUUCAUUUUAUUUGGAGAAUAUAUAUAUGUAUAUUUUUUUUUGUCUGAGCACUCAUCUGCAUAACAACUUACUCACCUGACUGAGUGUUGACAUGAAUGAAGAAAACCUAGAUCUGUGUAAGCGCCUGGUUUCUGCUUCGUACAUCCAGCAAGGACUUGAGGCACGACAUUCCCAUGAGAAUAAGAUCGGAUACUUACUGAACCAUAACAAGCUUCCCGAUGAAGGCUGGAAUGAUCAGACUAUUGAGCUGCUCAUCAACGAGCUUGCCGUUAUGGACAGCAACAACUUCCCUGGUAACUGUGGGGUUGGCGAGAGGGAGGCUCGCAUUGCAUCCCCUCUAGUGAACAGAUGUCAUUAUAGGCUUGGCCAUGGCAUUGGUAGAUCAGGGGACAUAACUGCAGUGCAGCCAAAAGCUGCGGGAUCCAGUCUAAUUAUGAAACUUGCCAAUUGUUUAGCUCUGGAUGUGAUUAAACUUGCAGGUAUUCACUCAGUGGAGGGUUGUUUUGUUGUUCCCAUGGCGACUGGUAUGAGUCUUCUUCUGUGCAUGCUGACUCUGAAACAGAAGCGUCCAAAGGCGGAGUACGUGAUCUGGCCAAGGAUUGAUCAGAAAUCCUGCUUCAAGUCGAUCGUCACUUCAGGUCUACAGCCCGUGGUGAUUGAAAACCUACUGGAGGGUGAUGAGCUGAAGACGGACUGUUCGGCGAUAGAUCGGAAGAUAGACGAGCUGGGUGCGCACAACGUACUGUGUGUGAUGACCACCACAAGCUGUUUCGCCCCUCGGAUACCAGACCAUGUUGAAGAAAUUGCAGUAGUAUGUAAACAUUAUGCAGUUCCCCAUGUGAUCAACAAUGCCUAUGGGAUCCAGUCUACAAAAUGUACUCAUAUCAUACAACAGGCAUCCCGAGUGGGUCGAGUUGAUGUGUUUGUCCAGAGUACGGAUAAGAACUUCAUGGUGCCAGUAGGGGGCAGCAUCAUCGCUGGCUUCGACAAGAAGUUCAUAGAGGAAAUUGGACAUUCAUACCCAGGUCGUGCAUCAGCCGUGGCUUCGCGUGACUUCCUCAUGACAAUGCUGUCCCUGGGAGCUUCGGGCUACAAAAAACUGAUGACCAGUCGUAAAGAGAUGUACAACUACCUGCAAACUCGGCUGUCCGAGUGUGCGGAGAGACACGGGGAGAAGCUGCUUAAGACGAGUGGCAAUCCAAUCUCUAUGGGAAUUACCCUAAGUCGUGUGGGUGGAGCAGACAAUAUUACAAAAAUUGGAUCGAUGCUUUUUACACGAUUCGUAUCUGGCACAAGAGUGGUUGCCCCUGGAAAAACCACAACUGUGUCUGGCCAUACGUUUAAGAAUUUUGGUGCCCAUUGUAAUUCCUACCCACAUGCAUAUCUAACAGCUGCUGCGAGUAUCGGAAUCACCCGAGAAGAUGUGGACAUCUUCAUAACGAGGCUGGACAAGGUGUUGUCCGCCUACGGUCGCCAUGCGCGGAGGCGAUCUUCAGCUAGUCCCGACAAGCUGCCUCACUCUUUGACAACGCACGAUCGUAAAACUCGUCAGAAAACAAUGCAUGAUGAUCGGGAAUCAGUGGAUCGUCGGGAAUCAGUGGGUCGGGAAUCAGUGGAUCGUCGGGAAUCAGUGGGUCGGGAAUCAAUGGAUCGUCGGGAAUCAGUGGAUCGUCAUAAAACAGGACAUCAUGAUCGGGAACCAGUGGUUCAUAGUCAUGAAAAGAUGGCUUACAGUCGGGAACCACUGGCUUUUCGACAUUCUGUUGAUCGUGGUAAUGAACAUAUAGCUCGUAAUCGGGAACCAGUGGGUUCUGGUCAUGAACGAAUGUCUCGUAAUCGAGAGCCAGUGGCUUUUGGACACCAUUCAGCUGCUCGUAGUCAUGAACCAGUGCAUCAUGAUCGUGAACCAGUAUCUCGUGUCCAUGGAUCAGCUCGAAGUUCUGAACCAGUAUUCCCUCGUGAUCGUGAACCAGUAUCUAGUGAACAUGGAUCAUCACGUGACCGUGAACCACUGCCCCAUGGCCAUGGAUCUCGUGAUCGUCAACCCAUAUCUCCUCGUGAUCGUCAACCCAUAUCUCCUCAUGAUCGAGAACCCAUAUCGUCUCGUGAUCGUGAUCGUGAACCAGUAUCGCCUCGUGAUCUAGUAUCGCCUCAUGAUCUAGUAUCGCCUCGUGAUGACAGACUUGGGGAUCGUAGGCGUGGAAUAACAGCGCGUGACCCUGGAUUAAUGAUUAGUCUCAGAGAACUGGAAAAUUUCCCACAAGACCCCAUGGGGGCUUACCCACAAGACCCCACUGAGGCUUACCCACAAGACCCCACUGAGGCUUACCCACAAGACCCCACUGAGGCUUACCCACAAGACCUCAUGGUUCAUGGGAUCGAACCAGCGGCUCGUGACCAUGAAUCUGAACCAAUUGCUGGUCGUAAUCCAGAACCAGUGAAUCGUGAUCGAGAACGAGCGAGUCAAGAUCGAGAAGCAGUCUCUCGAGCCCACGUACCAGUGACUCCCAAUGUUAACACAGUUGUGCAUAAUGAUGAAGCGGGUCAACAUGGCGGAGAUGAUGGAAGUUACAAUAUGGCCACCUACAGUCAGGACACACGCUCUCAAGACUAUGGAACAGAGAUCGAUUAUGAAAAUGUAAUUUAUCAAGAUUCUGAAUCAGAUUUUGAAAUUGAUGAUCAGUCUUCAGGAAGUCGCCAGGAUGACAUUCACAAAAAGUUUUAACAGAAAUGGACCCUGGUGAAUGUCUGAAAAUCUGCCAUGAUCGCCCACAAUGCUAGAUGUUCUGAGCUAGAUGUUGUCAGAAAAGACAAAUCCAGUGGGUGGCGGUAAAUCAACUUGUGAAGAAACGAAAACUGUUUGCACUUAACUUAAUUUUUAAAAAUAACAUAAAAAAAGCUCUUAGAGUGGUGCUCCAGUUUUUAGUGGAUAAAAAAAAGAAGAAGUGCAACACACAUCAGUAAGCAACUAAACGACAAAAUGGACAGUUCAACAAUUAUGUACAGCACAAUUUUGCAUUUUUAUACACUGCCCCCUAUCCCCCUUCUAAAAUUAUGUAAUGCUUUACAAUAUCUACGUCCCAGUCCCACCCACACCGCUUUCCUGUCACAAUAAAGAUAUGUGACCCGGUAUCAUUAGAUUUUGUAUUUGUAAAUGUUUGUUUGCUAAUAAAUACUUGAUAGAAAAAUCAUCUGUUAUGGUACAAAAUAGCAUUUUAUUUUAUAAAUAAUAAUGAGAUAUUAUUUUUGAAAACUUUAACAACUCUCCCUCCACCAUAACUCAUCCCAUUGUACUUCCUCCCCAUCUAGAGUGUUGUGUAAUUGUUAAAUGGCCCAAAAUAAUCACUAAAAAAAUUGAAUUAAUUGUACUUAUAUCCAGAAACAAAUAAAAAUGUUAAUUGGUUAGAAGACAACCACUAAAUUAAUUAAGAUCAUAUAUUUGUAUUUGUCGAGAAUCGUUAAUAAAUGUCAUAACAAAAUGUGA